UUCAAGAAUCCAAUUAUGUGGUCAUCAAGCAGGUCUUCUUCAUCUUCAUCUUCAUCUCAUUCCCCAUUUUCUCCAAGACUCAAAACAAUGGAAGAAGUGUGGAAAGAUAUUAAUCUUUCUUCACUUCAAGAUCACACUACUAAUUACUCUAAAGAUCAUCAACAUCAUCUUCAUGAUCAUAAUCAUCAAGGUGCUAAUUUUGGUGGAAUGAUUUUACAAGAUUUUUUGGCUAGGCCUUUUGCUGAUGAAUCUUCACCAGCAGCCUCCCCUGUUUCAGCUACAGCUAUGCUGAAUUUGAACUCUGUUUCAGAGCGUCAUUUCUUUGAUAACCCUUUAAGGCAAAACUCAAUCUUGCACCAACCAAAUGUUAGUAGAAGAAAAAGGGUUGUCCCUGAAACAGAGGACAAUUCUACAGGGGACAGAAGAAAUCAGAGGAUGAUCAAGAACAGAGAGUCUGCUUCUAGAUCAAGAGCUAGAAAGCAGGCCUAUUUGAAUGAGUUGGAGACGGAAGUGGCACAUUUAGUUGAAGAAAAUGCAAGGCUCAAGAAGCAGCAGCAACAGUUACUCUUAGCUGCAGCUAUUCAAGUUCCAAAAAAGAACUCUCCUCAUCGGACGUCAUCCGCUCCAUUUUGAGAAAAGAAAGGCCUCUUAUUAUAAUUUGUCGUUCUACCAUUAGAGUAUUAAGAACGACAAUUCCCAUUUUGCGGUUUUUUUGUUUGUAAUAUGAAUUGACUGUUGUUUUGAUGGUGGCCUUGUGAGCCGAUGAAUAUUAGUAUGACUAGCAAGGUAGCCUCCCUUCAAAAUAAGAAGGGAAAAAUAGAAAGACGGUUUAGUCUUUUAUGGCAAUGAAAACAAUCACCAGCAAACAAGCUGGAAUUCGUAUUUCUGUAUCUAUUCAUUUGUUCCAUCCAUCCC